AUGAAGAUAUUCUUGUUUUUGCUAGCAUUGGUUUUUGCUUUUCUAGCUUCUUCACUAGUUUUUGCUGGUACCGUGGAACACACUUUCAAAGUUCAAAACAUGACUAUCAAACGCUUGUGCAAUAAGAGAGAAAUUGUUGCGGUUAAUGGAAAAUUCCCAGGACCAAAGAUAAAUAUCCAUGAAGGUGACACUGUGAUUAUCCAUGUGAUCAACAAUUCACCCUACAAUAUUACAAUUCACUGGCAUGGAGUGUUUCAACUGUUUAGUGCUUGGGCAGAUGGUCCUGAAUAUGCAACUCAAUGCCCUAUAAUUCCAGGAAACAAGUACACAUAUAAGUUCAAAGUGACACAACAAGAAGGAACUUUAUUUUGGCAUGCUCAUACAUCAGUUCUACGUUCCACAGUUUAUGGUGCUUUCAUCAUUCAACCUCAUUCAAAUCGAUUUCCAUUUCCUAAACCCUACAAGCAAGUUCCUAUUCUAUUAGGUGACUGGUAUGAUGCUAAUGUUGUUGACGUUGAGAAUGAAGCUCUCGUCACCGGUGGCGCUCCAAAUUCAUCUGAUGCCUACACAAUCAAUGGAUUGCCCGGUGAUCUCUAUAAUUGUUCCAAAAAUCAUAUGUUCAAGAUGAAGGUGAAACCAGGGAUGACAUACUUGCUACGGAUAAUCAAUGUUGCACUCAAUAACAAUCUUUUCUUCAAAAUAGCAAAUCACAGUUUCACAGUUGUUGCACUGGAUGCUGACUACACGAAUCCAUUCGAGACUGACAUCAUCGUUAUCGCCCCUGGCCAAACAGUUGAUGCUUUGUUCACAGCAAAUCAACCUAUAGGAUCUUACUACAUGGCUGCCUCUCCUUACGAAGUUGGUGUCCGCGACUUUGCCAACAUCACAACUCGUGGCAUUGUCGUUUAUGAUGCCUUAUUAUCACCACAACUACCUAUCAUGCCUUCCCUACCACCUUUCAACGACACACCAACGGCUCAUAGAUUCUUUAGCAACAUAACCGGCUCGGUGAGGGCACCGCAUUGGGUUCCAGUCCCACUUAAUGUUGAUGAACACAUGUUUAUUACCGUUGGAUUAGGCCUUGAAAGGUGUGAUCCUUCAAACGUCGCCAAUGCCACGUGUCUUGGUCCGUUUAACCAACAAUUGUCUUUUAGCAUGAACAAUGAGUCUUUUGUUAUUCCUAAAGGGAGAGGACUUUCUAUGUUGGAAGCAUUUUUCAACAACGUGAGCGGAGUUUACACCGCCGAUUUCCCUAACAAUCCUCCGGUUAUAUUUGACUUCACUAACCCUAACCCGAAUUUAAAUACGAACCUUUUAUUUGCUCCGAAAUCAACCAAGGUAAAGAGACUCAAGUUCAAUUCAACGUUGGAGAUUGUUUUCCAAAGUACAUCACUUGUUGGUGCACAAAACCAUCCUAUGCAUAUUCAUGGUUUUAGCUUCCACAUUUUGGCUCAAGGGUUUGGAAAUUUCAAUUCCACCACUGAUCGUGCCAAGUUUAAUCUGGUAAACCCUCAAAGACGUAACACGAUUGCUGUUCCUGUGGGAGGAUGGGCUGUCAUCAGAUUUCAAGCAAAUAAUCCAGGAGUGUGGUUUGUACACUGUCACAUGGAAGAUCAUGUUGCACGGGGACUAGACAUGGCUUUUGAGGUUGAGAAUGGACCAACUCCUUCAACUUCACUCCCUCCACCACCUGCUGAUCUUCCUAAAUGUUAACCAGGUUGCAAUGUGGAGGAAGCAAAUUAAAGCGGGUUCUUAACUUGUCGAAUAAAUAUAACUAUAAUGAUAUUGUUUAGGAAUUCAAAUUCAGAUUUAUGUUGUUACCAAACAUGUCUGUCUGUAGUAGUAUUGUAAAUAAGACCAAUUCUUCACAUUGUGUUGGAAUAAAUUGGAGUUGUUCCUGUCAUGUAGAAAUGUAAGAGUUAGAGUAAAUUGUGUGUGCAUGUGAGUGAUUUGAUGUUAUUAAUGUAUUUUAGUUUUUUUUUA